CAUGAUCAUUAGAUCUAACACUCCACACACCACAGUCCUUCUUCUAAGUUGUAAAAGCUGUUCAGAUCUAGCAUAGCAUGAAGGAAUGAGGUAAUCGGAAAAACAUGGGUGUAACGCAGAGGGGGAAAAGGGUUCCGAGAAGGGUCUGGUUAAGCUUCCAAAAAUCAAUGGGUGUCCUCGUGGGUGGAAACCAUACCUCCUCCAGAUUUUGCACUCGCUAAUCCUCUUUCUUCUUCCCUAUCGGCUUCAAUCUUUUUCAAUCCAAUUCCAUGGACGCCAAACUCUUCAAAUUAAACAGACUCACCGCCGCCAUAGCUAGGCGCCUCGCCAUACGCUCAAUUCUACUGGCGUCGGCCAUAUCCAUCGUCUCUCUCUUCCACGCGCAAUCCAUAUUCAAUGUGGGAUCCCUCGCUCCCAUCGCCACCUACUUCGAUUGCGUCACAUUCCGCCCCGCGUCCCGCUUCUGGCUCCCCUCCAAUUGCCACAAAGACGCCAACUUGACGCUCGCCGUCGUCACCGACUUAAUGGGUAACCGGUUGCUUCACCCCGGAGCCAACACCCUCUGCGUUGGACAAGCCUCCUCAAUCGCAGUCACGGCAAUCAAGCAGUUAGGCUUCUCCACCGUCAGCGCCGACCAAACGCACCGUUUCGGCCACAACACCUUCGAUUUCGUCUUCUCCAGGGACCUCGACAAGGUCCCAGUCCCUGCCUCGCACGUGCUCGAGGUGGAGCGUGUGCUCAAGCCUGCUGGGGUUGGUGCGUUUCUUGUGUCCUCCAUUGGCUCUCACCCCAACGAUUUGAUAAGAGCAGCCACCCCUGUGUCCUCUUUGUUGAGGUCUUCCGAUGUCGUGCAUGUUGGUUCCGUCAAUCAGCUUAACCUUGUGGUUUUCAAGAAAAGAUUUCAAAACGCCACGUCGUUUUAUCAGCAUCCUUUACCCGCGGAUUGUCCCAGUCUCACCUUCACCAAGCCCCUCAUAGAGUUGAUGGAGCCUCUUGUGAGUGGGAAGGAGAAAGAGAAAGCACCUCCUGAGAGUGUUCCCUAUUUGCCCAAGUUUGUGGAUGUCUCCACUAGGAAGAGGCUGGUGUAUAUUGACAUUGGUGUGGGGGAGCUGCUGAAUGCCAAUGCUAGUGAUUGGUUUCUGCCAUCGUAUCCCAUUGAUCAGAAGGAUUUCAAUGUGUAUUUUGUUCACUACAACACUUCGAUUAUGUUGUCCUAUGUGAAGCGUCCUGGUGUUACCUUUGUUUAUCACCCUGGUUUGGCUGGGAAAGUUACUCCCAAGCCAGAUGACGAUGGCGUGGAUCCCUUUGUAGGGGAGGAGGAGUUUGAUUUCCUAGCGUGGUUCAAGGAAACUGUGCAGUAUGCUGAUUUUGUGAUCCUCAAGAUGAAUGCAGGGGAUGUUGAACUAAAGUUUCUCUGGGAUAUAUUUGAGAAUGGAGCUAUAUGCUUUGUGGAUGAGAUGUUUCUGAGGUGUCCGGAGAGCAGCAAGGAAGGCUGCAUGGAUAUUUACAAGGGUCUCCGAAGCAAUGGUGUCUAUGUCCAUCAAUGGUGGGGAGACUAAGUUUAUUUUAUGGUGUGAAGAGAAACUGUUUCUCUGCGUUUAAUGUAUGCGGACUAUAGUCCCACUGUGUCUUUGUUGUUGCUUUGGUUGUGUGAAAAAGUAUGUAGGAUGCUAUGAACAUCCGAGUGCUUUAUGGUUGGGCGCUUAAUACUAAAUAAACAACCACUGUCGUUCUCGUUUGCUAAUAAAAUAUGUGAUCAUUCCGUGAUUAUUCUUUAA